AUGCGAGGGAGAGCAUGGCAGCUGCUAGCGCUGUUGUGGGCAGCAACUAUAGGCUUUGUGCUAAGCCCACCAAGGUCUAGGGAAAAAAGUAUUUCUGUCAAACCUGGAAUGGAAACCUAUGACCUUGUAAUCCCAUCACUGAAUCUUGAAAAUUCAGUGUAUGUGACAGUCCGUCGAAUUGUCAGAAAUGAUGGUCCACGUGAUGAUUUGCUGCGUCCGGUUGAUAACGAUCAAUUCGAAACAUGGUGGCUGCCACGACGGCGUCCUAUGUGGGAUUUAAGUACAUCCAUACAACUGGAUCUAUGGGACGGCAAAAAGGGAUUCGCGAUAAAGGUCAUCGUAAUGAAUGGCUCCAGUGUCAUCUGCCCCAGCAGCAUAAAGUUACAAGUGCUAUCAAACAAAGCCCUUCCCAACAACUCAACACUAACGCUGCAGUUUCUCUCCCGCGGUCAACUAACAACACGAAUGAUCAAGCUAGAGGCGGAGCAUGCAUGCGUGCCACAGGACAACGAAUUCGGUCACUACGAAUGCGGUAAGGGGGACGAAAUUCGUUGUCUUAAAGGAUGGACGGGAGCUAAUUGUCAGAUGCCUGUUUGCGAUUAUAAUGGUAGUAAAAGUGGUGAGUUAUGCGUGGCCUCAGACCGCUGUACAUGCAAGCCGAGCGGAAAAGGCGCCACUCUCAUAGUUAAGUCUGGUUCAGAAAGACAGAGUAGUGCAGACAAUACUCCACGAAGAACAUUCUUCAAAUAUAAAGCCACUCUUGAAUUUGAUGGGAAUUUCGGACCUGAAGUUCGUGCUGUAGCAUAUGUUUUUGAUAAUAAUCAAAUGGCUUCUGACUUCGUUAAAAUUGAUGGCCUUCUAGCCUGCUCCUCACCGGCGAUGGCUGAGAUUGAACACGGAGGAGGUCUGCAGUUCGAUAAGCAACUUGUUUCUCCUGGCGAGAAAGUUAGCGCCUCCUUGAAACUAUUACCUGGAAAAAUAGGCAAUAAAACUUUCACAAAUACCUGUCUUCUUAGCAUAAUAGAUGUCUCGUCAAAACAAUUUGACACAGCAAACUUUCGCAGAAUUGACUUUGACGCAUAUGCUGGUCUGUUAACAAGAAAUCAGACAUACGGAAGUGAGGACGAAAUUCAAGGCACUGAAGAUGCCUACCGAGCAGCAGGGAUAGAACUCAUUACGAUAUCGCCUAAAAGUAAAACACAUAAGCCUACUUACUGCCCAUUUUUAAUUGAGCCCACAUAUGCACCCUUGCGGGGACACAUUAUGGGUCCCAUGGGACCUACCGGUGCACGACAAUCAGAUCCCGUGAAGGAUGGUGUCAGUCGUUACCAAGAAAAAACGCAAAUUGGAAUUCCACGAAUCCGAGAUUUCUUCCCUGAAGUGUGGUUGUUUGAAACAGCGAAAGUGACCGAUGCGUGCCUUAAAAAGUCGCUUACUGUACCUGACACUCUCACUACAUGGGAAGCCAACGCGGUGUGUUUAACGACAGAGAGUGGCCUAUGGAUGUCUAUGAAGAAACCCCAACUUACAGUUAGGAUGCCCUUCUUUGUGGAAUUCGCACCACCCUUGAUGGCACGACGAGGGGAGGUGCUGCACCUGCCAAUCAGUGUCUUUGUGUAUCCUGAGUCCACCACGAGCCCUACGAUGACUAACGCGACGAAGGCGACUUAUCAAUCAGGGGUUGACGUUGAUGGUGGCGUUGGCGGUAGGCGUACCCCAAGGACAUGCUAUGAGGUGGAAGUGGGUGUGGAGACAGAUUCACGGGAUUGGCAAGCAGUUGGUGUCGCUGCCUUCACUACCUGCAUCUGCGUAGGAGACCUGAAGCAGACUUUCUACUUACCCCUUCAUCCACUUCGAGUUGGGCAUCUUAAUGUUACUGCCAAGGCUGUCGCCCGACGUGGUAGCUGUGUAUGCGAUGACAGCGAUAAUGGCUUCGGUGGCUGGGGUCGGGCAUGUGAGGCUGUCGCAGUAGCCGACGCGGUCCGACGCUCGGUGAGAGUAAUCGCAGAGGGUGUUGAGAAAAGCGUCACUCUUGGCGGCAUUUUCUGCACGUCUGGAGAGUCUUUGCAAGAGGAUCAGGAAAUGACGAUCACACUACCAGACAGGAGGAUUGUUGAAGGCUCACUGCGUAGCUACGUAGCAGUCAGUGGCAACGUAGUUGGCCAAGCAUUGGCCAACCUCGAUGGUCUUAUUCAACUGCCCACUGGAUGUGGAGAGCAGAAUCUGGUGAAGGUUGCGCCUAGUGUCUACGCGCUUCGUUACCUCCUCAACCGUCAGGGCAACACUAGCGGUACAACAGACACCUCUCGUUACGAUCGUGUGACUAGGAAGGCUGCUACUUACAUUCUGCAUGGAUUCAACAACCAAUUGAAUUAUCGUCAUGCUGAUAACGGCGCUUUCUCAGUAUUCGGUCCACACGAUGGCAGUAAUGGAAGCACCUGGCUCACCGCCUAUGUGUUCGAGGUGUUCAGUGAGGCCGAAAAAUUGCCCAUUGUCUCCAUCUCAGGGCAGUCACUAGAUGCUUACGCCACCCUAGCUAGUGCUUUCGAUUUCCUGCGCAGCCAACAACGCGCCUCCACAGAUGGGUGCUUUGAGGAGGCCAGCACUCGCUUCCUCACAUGGACGCAGAAUUACAAUGAGGUUGAGAAUCGACUUCAACUCACUGCACAUGUCCUCGCUGCACUCGGUUCCGCCAACACUGCACUGAGGGAAGCCAAAGGCAAAGAAUUUACACACUGUGUACAAUCUGCCAUCAGAUGUUUUGAGUCAACAACACUCCAGCUGCCCUUCACUCAAUGGCCCACCUCACUCUUGGCAAAGGUCGUCUACGCCACCAAUGCAUUCCCACAUCAGGCCAACACAUCAAGGCGCAACGCCAUGGUCACCGAACUGAUAGCGCGAUCGGAGCUACAAUCCACGAUUAGUGGGUCUUUGCGAUGGUGGCCGAAAUCUGCGUCUAGCAUGAUGAGGAGAAGUUACCUCACCAAGGUGCUCAAUCUGGAGACCACUGCGUACGCCCUGCUUGCACUCAGCCCCACCAACCUCUCCAUGCAGGAUCAACUGGCCACAAUGCAAUGGAUUUCACAACAGCAGAAUGAGAAAGGAGGCUUCUACUCCACGCAGGACACAGUGGUGGCAUUGCGCGCACUAACGCAAAACGCAGCCGCUUUCCCUUCACCCACCCGACCCACACCAGUGGUGAUUCACUCUUUGCCGAAAUCUCUAGUCGACGUGCAAGUGGAGAUGAGUGAAGGAAACCAGUUGGUGGCACACACCUUUGAAAUCGGUACACACAAUCAGAGCGACAUAACCAAUCUCAAAGUAAGAAUCAAUUCACCGAAACCAGUCUGUGUUUCUACCCACUUCACGGCAAUUUACAACAUUCCGAAACCACGAAGACAGGAUGAUGUGUUUGACUUGGAGAUCUAUGUUAAUCAAGGUGGUAGCAGUGCCACUGCCACAUGCACCACUGCACUCACCACACUGUGUCUGCAGCCUGCUCGAGCACAAGCCACUGGUAUGCUUCUCGUGACUGUGCAGUUGCCCAGUGGAUGGACAGUGACAAUGAGAGAGUUAGAAAAUGUGCCUCUUAAUAGGGGUUUACAGAAAGUAGAGUUCAAUGCUCAGAGGCAGGAGGUGAGUGCCUACUUCAAUGGCUUCACGACAGGAGGUGGUAAUGCUGAGAGGUGCUUCACAGUGCCAUUGCAUCAGCGCGCCUUCGUGCAGAAUGCGCAGCCUGGUCUGGUCACUGCACGCGACUACUACAACUCACAGAAGAUUAUGCAGGCGCCUCUACAGCUGGACAACUGCCAGUUCUACUGGGAGCCAACUCGUGAAAAUAUUACCAUUAGCAACUUUAUACCUUUUGUCACCACUGCUGCCAUUGUUCCACCUGUCACGGGAUUCAAGCCAAUGUGUCCAAAGUGUGACGAAAUGGAACCCCCAGAUUUACUCGACAGACUCAACAAAUCACUAUGUCUUCAUGAUCGUUACCUCUACGUUUUCAAGACCCACGAUUCGACAAAUAGGACUGCAAUACCAGGAUUGCUGUACUCCUUUGAUUACGGCAACCGCCUGGCGUCAUGGAACAUCACAAUAAAUGACUUCAAGAAUUUUGAAUGCAAGCUUGACUUAAAGAAAGUCUAUGGCAUCUUCGGUGGGCACAUCCACCCAGGUGCUCUGAAUGUCAGUCUCACAGGGUACGAGGUAGUAAUCUUUGAAGAUCUGGUCAAGGUCGCCCCAAAGUUCAAGGAAAGGCUGAAGAUCAAGAUGAAGGGACUGGACGAGAAUGAGCAGCAAUUAUGGUGUGCCACUGCAGCUUUGGAAGAGUGUGGAUACCUCCGCGUAAGUCAGGAGAUGAGGUGA